AGCAAGAUUCAGUUUCAGGAUGAAUACUCUAAUUACGUGAAUAACAGAAACUGAAGCAAACUGGCAUUGCCGCGUCUUACACGCCCAAAGAAUUUCUCUCUCUACUUGUUGAAUGCGCGCCUCACUCGGAUCUCAACCAUCUCUCUCUCUCUCUCUCCCUCUCAUUUUCUGACCCCACAAACUCACACCCUCUCCUCCCCCCUCCUCCCUCCUCCUCCUCCUCCUUACCUCCUCCAUCUGCAUCGAUCGGCAUCGAGAGCUUCACCCCCUCUGGGCUCAUCCCCAUACAAGCUCUCGAUCCCGACCACACCUACCACCACCACCACCACCACCAUUCAUUCAUUCUUUCAUUGUUGAUUUCCACAAGUUGAUCCAAGAAGAAGACGAAUCUCCUCCUUGUGUCAUGAAAAAGGAUGAUUACGCGUCGCUAGCUACCUGGCAUCUAUCCUGUUAUUCUUUUUGCUGAGAGAAACGUUAAUAUUAACCGCAGCUACCUGCUACAUGCGCCUAAUUGAAUUGACUUGCAAUUGCAUUUGCAUUUGCAAUUGAAAUACUAUAAGAUUGCAAUUGCAAUUGCCAUUGACUCAGAAAGAAAGAGUAAUUGCAUUAAUUUGAAUUAAACAUGGAGCACAUCGCGGCGCAAUUGAAGCGAGGGAUAUCGCGGCAGUUCUCGACGGGGUCUCUGCGGCGGAACCUGAGUCGCCAGUUUAGUCGCCAGUCGUCGCUGGACCCGAGAAGGAAUAACUUGCGCUUCAGCUUCGGCCGGCAGUCUUCCCUUGACCCCAUCCGCCGCAGCCCCUCCCACGACGAUGAAGACGAAGUCGAUCUCUCCGUCCCCGAGAAUCUCGACUCCACCAUGCAACUCCUCUUCCUUGCCUGCCGUGGCGACGUCAACGGCGUUGAGGACCUCCUCAAUCAAGGCGUCGACGUCAACAGCAUCGACUUGGAUGGCCGUACGGGCCUCCAUAUAGCCGCAUGCGAGGGUCACGUUGACGUUGUUAGGCUCAUGCUUACCCGCAAGGCCAAUAUCGAUGCACGUGAUCGCUGGGGCAGUACGGCAGCUGCUGAUGCUAAGUAUUAUGGGAAUACAGAAGUUUACAAUAUUCUCAAGGCACGUGGAGCCAAAGUACCGAAAGUCAGGAAGACACCAAUGACUGUUGCAAAUCCUCGAGAAGUUCCUGAGUAUGAGCUCAAUCCGUUAGAGCUUCAAGUUCGAAAGAGUGAUGGUAUCUCAAAGGGAACGUAUCAAGUGGCUAAAUGGAAUGGUACCAAGGUUUCUGUAAAGAUACUUGACAAGGAAAGCUAUUCAGAUCCUGAAAGCAUUAAUGCUUUCAAAAAUGAGCUGGAGUUGUUAGAGAAGGUUCGGCAUCCUAAUGUUGUUCAGUUUGUUGGUGCUGUUACCCAAAAUAUACCCAUGAUGAUUGUUUCAGAGUAUCAUCCGAAAGGUGACUUGGGAAGCUAUCUUCAAAAGAAAGGGCGCUUAUCCCCAUCAAAAGCCCUAAGAUUUGCUCUUGACAUUGCAAGGGGCAUGAAUUAUCUUCAUGAAUGUAAACCAGACCCAAUAAUCCACUGCGAUUUAAAGCCAAAAAAUAUUUUGCUCGAUAAUGGAGGUCAAUUGAAGGUAGCUGGAUUUGGCUUGAUAAGGUUGUCAAAAAUUUCACCUGACAAAGCAAAACUAGCACAGCCUUGGGCUGACCUUUCAAGUUUAUAUGUGGCACCUGAGAUCUACAAGAAUGAAAUUUUUGACAGAAGUGUGGAUGCAUAUUCUUUCGGUCUCAUAUUAUAUGAGAUGAUUGAGGGAAUACAACCAUUCCAUCCCAAGCCUAUAGAAGAGGCUGUGAACCUGAUGUGUUUGGAAGGAACAAGACCGCAGUUGAGGACCAAAUCAAAAAGUUAUCCCCCUGUACUAAAAGAGUUGAUUGAGGAAUGUUGGGAUCCAGAACCUGUUGUUAGGCCAAUUUUCUCUGAGAUUAUUGUGCGGUUGGACAAGAUAGUUGCAAAUUGCUCAAAGCAGGGAUGGUGGAAAGACACGUUUAAACUUCCUUGGAAAUAAAUAAGAGGCAGUGAGUUCAGUUCCAUGGGAAGGAAUACGAAUAUAGUAAAGGACUUGGGGGUAGACUCGAUCGGUGGUCUGGGGCUUUGGAUUUGGACAAAUGAAUUGGGUCGUCAGCAUAGAGAGUUGCAUAUUCUUGGUUUGCUUGCAAUGCGAAGGAGCUGGAACAGUUCCUUACUUUCUAUGUAUCAAUCAAAAUCAUGUAUGAAAAAGUAUUCUUGAUUAUAGAUCAUUUGUUUACAAAUUAUGUACUCCGCAGAUAAUUAUGUACUCCUCCUCCUCCUCGUAAACCAUAAAAAUAUCAUUGCAUCCUAAUGAAUGAAUCCCUUCAAUGACCA